UCUGCGACUUAUAUAACUGUGUGGCGGUUUCCUUUUCAACUCUGUCACUCUCCCUCUUCCCUCUUCAAACCGGUACUCAAUCAGCAUGGCGGCCGCCGUACCGCUUUUCCCGGCUUCCGUUAACGCUUUCAAGCCUCGCUAUCCAGCAGUUGCCUCUAGAAAUGUCUUCUCUGAAACUUUGAUCGGCGAGUACCGGAAAGUGCAGAAAUGGAACCGUUUCGAGCUCCAGAGGUCGCAGGUCUCUUCUGCUGCUGCUAAUGGCGAUGCAGUGACUGUAAGCGACUCUUCACGUUCCGCCAUUCGUUCUUCGGUGAUGCGACAUGCUAUAUCUGUGUUUGUUGGUGAUGAAAGUGGAAUAAUAAACCGAAUUGCGGGUGUCUUUGCAAGGAGAGGUUACAACAUUGAGUCCCUUGCUGUUGGAUUGAACAAGGAUAAGGCUCUCUUUACCAUUGUUGUCACUGGAACAGAGAAUGUCUUGAGACAAGUUGUGGAGCAGCUAAACAAACUUGCCAAUGUUAUCAAGGUGGAAGAUAUCUCAAGAAAGCCCCAAGUGGAACGCGAGUUGGUGCUUAUGAAACUCAAUGCUGAUCCAAGUACUCGUGCUGAGAUAAUGUUGUUGGUAGACAUCUUUAGAGGAACAAUUGUGGAUAUUUCAGAACAUUCAUUGACUAUUGAGGUGACCGGAGAUCCUGGAAAACUGGUCGCCGUUGAAAGAAACUUCAGGAAGUUUGGAAUUAGAGAACUUGCCAGAACUGGAAAGAUAGCAUUGAGAAGGGAGAAAAUGGGGGAAACAGCUCCCUUUUGGAGGUUCUCAGCAGCUUCUUAUCCUGAUCUCAAAGAUUCGAGGCCGGUUGAUGCCUUUGUAGGAGAUGCAAGUCAAUCACUCAAUGGCAACAUCCCUACCUCCACCGGAGAUGUAUAUCCAUUGGAGCCAUACGAAAAUUUUCAUUCAAAUCAAAUUCUUGACGCUCACUGGGGUGCUCUCUAUGAUGACGAUUCAAGUGGUCUUCUAUCACAUACAUUGUCUAUGCUAGUAAACGACUAUCCUGGAGUUCUUAACGUUGUUACUGGCAUUAUUUCUAGAAGAGGUUAUAACAUUCAGAGUCUUGCUGUAGGACCUGCAGAAAGACGGGGAUUAUCUCGUAUCACGACGGUCAUUCCUGGAACGGACGAGUCCAUUGAAAAGUUGGUUCAGCAGCUUCAGAAAUUAAUAGAUCUUCAUGAGGUGCGCGAUCUAACUCACUUGCCAUUUGCUGAGAGAGAAUUAAUGUUGAUAAAAGUUGCUGUAAAUGCUACUGCUAGAAGAGAUGUCCUUGAUAUUGCUCAGAUCUUCCGUGCAAAAGCUGUUGAUAUGUCUGGACAUACAAUUACUCUUCAGCUCACGGGCGAUUUAAACAAGAUGGUCGCGUUGCAGAGGUUGCUAGAGCCAUUCGGGAUAUGUGAGGUGGCAAGGACCGGAAGGGUGGCGUUAGGAAGAGAGUCGGGCGUCGACUCGACGUAUCUUCGUGGUUAUCCCCUUCCAUUCUAGUCUUCCUGUUUUCCACCAUGAAUGUUUAAGCGACUCGUUCACUAAAAUAGUUUGUACAGAACUUUUUGUUGCUAUCAAAUAUUUUAUCGA